CAGAUACCACGGUACAGGUCAGCCGCAUUGCGUAGAUGGACAUAGUGCUCUCUAGUUUUCCAAGGUUGCAUAAAUACGCUUGCUUGUCUCUGCUUUCACUUUAAGAGGACCGAGUGUCGAGUGGCGGGCUUCCGGAUCGAACAUACGAACAUCGAUUGACCUCGCAUUUGGAAAACCCAGCCUGAAGGCCCUCGCAAUGCCCGCUUCCGCUACGCCAGCUCCGACGAAAAUAGGUGUGAUCCUCUUCCCGGGCUUCCAGCUCCUUGACAUAUGCGGCCCGCUCGACGUGCUGAAUAUCCUCUCCUCCACCAAGAUACUCCACCUCAGUAUCCUGGCUAGCACGCUCAACCCCGUUUCGACAAAGCACGGCCUAUCGGGGAAUGCGGGUUCUAACUUCGGCGAGUCGAUCGUGCCAACACAUACGUUUGCGAAUGCACCAGAUGAUCUCGAGGUCUUGAUUCUUCCCGGCGGGUUUGGAGCGCGGAAGGAGGAGAAUAUUGAGGGCGUGGUCGAGUUUGUGGAGGCUUAUUAUCCGAAGUUGAGGUGGUGUCUGACGGUGUGUACGGGGAGUGCGAUACUAGCGAAGACGGGGGUGCUGGAUGGGCGGAGGGCGACGAGUAACAAGAGGGCAUUUGCGUGGGUUCGCGAGCAGAACCCCGCUGUCCAAUGGGUUCCCAAGGCGCGCUGGGUCGUCGACGGGAAUAUUUGGACGAGCUCUGGUAUCUCCGCCGGUAUUGACUUGAUCUAUGCGUGGAUUGCUGAGGUGUGGGGUGAGGAGACGGCGAGUUUUGUGGCAGAUUGUAGUGAGUAUGAGAGGAACACGGAUCCGGGGAAUGAUCGGUUUGCGGAGAGAUGGGGCGUUCUCUAGGAGCUCGCGGCGAUUGCGGGUUGGGCUGGUUCGAUUGUGUGGGCGGGGUGAAGGGCUGAAACAAGUGGA